AGGCGGAGGGAGGGAGGGAGGGACGGGCGGGCGGACGAGCGGCCGCACCGCACCGCACCGCGCGGCAUAAAAGGCGGCGCGGCCCCGGCGGCCCCGCGGGCACCUCGGGGCGCCGGCGAUGACGGCCGAGAGCCGGCACCCGCCGUGCGGCGCCGGGCCGGGCGGCGCCGAGCCGGGCCGGGCGCUGCCGGAGGCGGCGGCGGGGACGCGGGGCGGGCGGCGGCGGCGCAAGCGUCCGGCGGAGCGGGGCAAGCCGCCCUACAGCUACAUCGCCCUCAUCGCCAUGGCCAUCGGGCAGGCGCCGGAGCGGCGGCUGACGCUGGGCGGCAUCUACCGCUUCAUCACGGAGCGCUUCCCCUUCUACCGCGACAGCCCGCGCAAGUGGCAGAACAGCAUCCGCCACAACCUCACGCUCAACGACUGCUUCGUCAAGGUGCCGCGGGAGCCCGGCCGCCCGGGCAAGGGCAACUACUGGACGCUGGACCCGCACGCCCGCGACAUGUUCGAGAGCGGCAGCUUCCUCCGCCGCAGGAAGCGCUUCAAGCGCAGCGACCUCUCCACCUACCCGGCCUUCCUCGCCGACCGCCCCGCCGCCGCCUGCCGCCUCCUCCCGCCGCCGCCCGCCGCCGACCUGCCCCCGGCCCCCGCCGCCUCCUGCGCCUUCGCCGCCGCCUACGCGGCGCCGGGCUGCGCCGCCGCCGCCGCGCUGCCCCACGCCUACGCGGGUCUGUCGGCGGGCGGCUACGCGGGCGGCGGCGCCGGGCAGCUCUACGGGGCCCCCGGGCGCUUCGUGCUGCCCGCGCCGCCGCCCGCCCCCGCCGCCGUCCUCGGCCGCCGCUCGCCCGCGCCCUACGCGCCGCCGCCGCCCGCCUACGGCGCCUACCCCGGCGGCCCCGACGGCUUCGUCCCGGCCCUCUGACGGCCGGGCCCCCCCGCGGCCCCUCGCCCUCCCGGCCGGGGGGCGCCUCGAGGACCCCGCGCCGCCGCCCCGCGCCUCGCCGGCGUGCCGAGGGCUGCCGGGGCCUCCCCGGACGGGGCGCUCCCGCCGGGCGGCGGGGCCUUGCGGGGACCCGGCGCCCCGCAGCCGGUGUUGGGGAGAGACUCGCCGAAGAAGCGCCAAAGCUCCCCGAGUGCCCGACGGGGCCAAGCAGCCCUCUACCCGCGCCGCCUUGUUUCGUGGUGCGGGGGCUCAGAGUCUCCUGCCAGAUGCUCCCCGCGAGCCACACGGGGACCCCCGGUCUACCCUGGAAGAUCUCGCUUUCUGAAAUUCCUCUGUCGUUCGGGAAUUUAUUUUUGGAAUGAAACGUCCGCUGGGGGGGGGUGGGAGGGAAGAGGGAAGAAGUCUUCCUCGGCUUUGGGAAACGAAAGCCAUGAAAGUGUCGUGUGGCACCAGCAUGAUCGCGUGUCCCUGAUGUCGUGCAGGGCUACGUUAGAGCUGGGCCUUGUGCUGAUGAGGUGGCCAGGGCUGAGGAAGUUUUGGUCCAUAUUACUGCCAGGGAAGGUGUCUCAGGGAGAGAAGUGAAUGGAGUUAAAGGAAGAGAACAGAUGGCUCCUGUCCUCCCCUUCCUCAGCUGAUCUGUUUGUACCGUGGGAUGGGUCCCGUAUCAGCCAGGUGGACCUUCUUGUUCACUUGGAUCCUGGGAGCACAACCAAACACAGCAGGUCAGAUCCUGCCAGUGCGUUAUGCUGUGUGCUUCAGGGGAUUCGAAGAAAGAAUGGGAUUGGAAGAGUCUAAAAACUUUUGCCAUGAGCAUGCUCAACCCCUAGAAGAGGGAGCCAGCAAGGUUGUAGGAUCUCCACCACCGGAGAUCUUGCCGACUUGACUGGACAAAGCCUGAAGCAACCUGACCUAACUAUGAAGUUGAAAUUCAACAUUGAAGUUGGACCUGCUUUGAAUGGAGACUUGGUCCAGAGACCUUCAGGGAUCCUUACAGCCUAAGCUACCUUGAUCCUAAAGGUCAGCCCAGGUCUGUCUAUAGUCUAAAGCAAUCAGCAUCUCUGGGAGCAACUCCCCUCUCCUCCUAAAACAAGCGAGGGAGGCAGGGCAUGGUGUCUGGUUCCUUUCCUUUCAGCCCACCUGGAAUGGAAAAAACAGGGAGAAUGGAAAAUUGAUGGGAGGGACUGUGAGAGUAAAGGCUUGAAAGUGGGUCCAGAGGGAACCAUGAGGCAACACCAAGCAGAGCCUCCCAGUAGAUCCCACCACCCCUGGAAGGGGUCCGGGGAGCGGGGAAGUGCCUGCAGCUGUGAACAGAGGAGGGAGCAGACACAGCUUUGCUAUCGUCAGGAUCUCCCUGUCCAACUCCCUCUGCCUGGUGGAGCUGGCGUCAGCGUGACCUGGGCCAGGAGGCAGAUGGUGAGACAGUUCUGCAACUUGGUGAGGCCUUGAAUGGGGAGAGGGAGGUAGAAAGUGCAGCCAGAGCCUUGGCAGGAGCUUCUGGAGGAGCUGGGAGAGGGUACACAUGAGCCAGAGUCUCUGUCUAACUACAGAAGGGCACAAGUCAGGAGACCAUACGUCAAAUUCAAGUUGGAAGAGACCUCCGGAGGUUUCUACACCAAUGUUGUCCUCCAAGUAGGGUCAUCUAUGAAACAGGCAGGUUGUUCAGGGCUAUCCAGUUGUGUCUUGAAAACUUCCAAGGAUGGAGUCUGCACAACCUCUCUGAGCCACCCGCUUCACUGCUUGACUGUCCUCAUGGGGGAAAAGUGUCUCCAUGUAUCCACUUAGCACCUCUCCUGUUUCUUUUUAUGUCUGUUGUCUCCUGUCCUGCUGCCAUGUGCUGCCGUGAAGAGCUCUGGUCCCUUGAAGGUACCUGUUCCUUCUGCUCCAUGGAGGGUUUUUCAGAUGAGGUCCUCAGUAGGAUGACGUUUGGGUAGAUGCAGUUUGGGUAAAGGCAGGUUCCUGGCACUCUCUGGGUGCUCAGGUGUCCCACCGCUUGGUAUCCAGGUGGGAUAUGAGCGAGAGGAAAUGGAGAGGAGCAUGAAGGUGGAGGGGGGGGUCCCUGCAGCACACUUUGGAGGGGACUGGCCGCAGAUCGUGCAGGCAGCCCGAGCACUGAUGCCGUAGGUGGACAGGAGAACUUGUGGGUCUGCCCUCCACGGGACUCUGAGAUAGGAGAGGAACGUUGGUUUCAAGGCCCCCUCCCCUCUCAGAGCAGGCAGGAUGGCUCGUGGUGGCUGAGCCCGCACGAGCUAGUAGCCUGGGGGUGGCCCACGACUGCUGCCCCUUGUCCAGGAGGUGUCUGAGGUCCGGACCUUUCUGCGGUGGUGCCUGUACACGGAGCUGGGGAGGUUGUGCUGCCUCUGGGGAGGGCAUUGGUGACUGGCAUGGGCCUUACUCGAGUCUUUUGUAUGGCAGGAUGAAUCAAGUUUCUGCCUUGCUUGCUUUCGCUCUAUGUGCACUUGAAGAGUUGCUUUGUCUUUCUGUAUCCUUGCUGGCUCUGGCAUGUCCAGAAACCACUUCCAUGGUGGAGAGAGCAGGUUCCUGUCAGCUGGGGGUUAUGUUUCGUCUGCAGCUGUUUUAACUCCUCUCCUGACUUAUCCCUCCACCCACUGGAAGAGAAGCUGUAGACCCCGCUGUGGCAGCUCUUUGGUUUUUGGUAACUGUCUGCAGAAUAGCUUUCAUCUUCAGCUUCUGUUUUCACUAUUGGGCUAGCUGGAAGCUGUCAGUUGCUGUACACUGUGUGUUCAUUCAGCAGGAUAUUUUGGGGGUGUCUAGGGCUGACUGGGAGUUUGUUGAGCAGGUGGUGCUUGGACCUGUAGAGCGGACUGGGUCCCCUUGCUGGCAAGUCGAGCUGAUGUCCUGCUGUGUUUGAGUAGCUGGGGGAGGAACUGGCCUGUUAAUGCCCACACUUCCCUUCUUCCUGUAAGAGCAGGAUAUGGGCUGGGUAGUUUUCCUGGGCCUGAGGUCUUCUGGCUCCUAUUAUCCCUUCGUCCAGCUUGGUUUUGUUCUCUGCUCCAGCCUUAGGUUCAAACUUAAAAAAGGACACUGGUCAUUUUCAGCCAAAGCUGGAGCCUGCUUCAGCCACUCUAGAAGCUACUGGGAGGGAAUGGACAGGGCUUGGCAGACGCUAUAGGAGUGGGAGAGGAAGAUUUCAUCAUAGGCCUCUACAGCUUUUCUUUUCUUUUGAAUUGCCUGGGUUUUGCUCCAGUGGAGCGUAGCGUCUCUUCAAAUAGGCUUUUUGUCCUUUAAGAAAUGGUGGCCUGAUUGUGGAGAGUGUGACCGGGGCAGGGCGUUGGAUGGCAAGCACACAGCUCAGGGGCAGUUCAGAUAUCUUGGCUCUGCGUGUCUGUAAGAGUGUGCGUGGACAUGCAUGCAGGCAUAUGCAAAUCUGCAGGCUCUGCAAGCGUGCAUGGGUGCAUGCAGGUGUGUGUGUUAUGCACAUGCACACAAGCAUGCAUGUAUGCAUGCAUGUGAGUGCAGCUGGGGUGCAAAUGCAUGUAUGCAUGCAUGUGCUUCUGUUUGUAUUUUAGUGCAUAUUCACCUUGGUAACUGGAUGAGUGCGAGGGGACUGUACCAGCACGUUCAUGUGUACACACGGGCGCAUUUUCUAUGCAAAGAAAUAACAUCCUUCUAGCACCAGAGCUUUGCACUGGUGUUGAGCGGGGACAAAUCCAGGUUCCAGGUUUGCAGACACUCAGUAAUCUAACCCUAGUUUAACUGGAGGCACAGGACCGUUUUUGUUGUUUGUUUGGUGGAACACCCAGGAGAACUGUCUCUUCCUUUGGCAACUGCGGUCCUGAGGCCCUGCAGCUAUCAAGGUGCUAAGAAAUUGAAGGCAAUCUCCCCCUUUCCGUUGGUGCAGCCUGAUGAGAAGCCUCGUGGUGCCUCUGCCUCAGGCUCUGCUGGUUUGUCUGUGGGCUGCUCAGCCCAGCAGUUUAACCAGUUUCUCAUGGUGGCUGGUAAUGGGGGAAGCUCGGGUUGGUGACCAACAGGAAGGAAGGUGAAAAUUAAGUGAGCUCUAUGGGGAUCCAAGCUCAACCACGCAGCAGGUGACUGACUGCAAAGAGAGCAAAACUCAGUGUCUUGAGGAUGUGCACAAUAGAUCUUGAUGUAAAGACAGAUAUCAAGACAGAUCUUGAUCAAGGUGUAAAUUAGGUCGGUUUGGUAGGGCAUCAUUUGCUGUGGAGGUCUAGGUGCCUGUACUUAUUUCUCUCCAGAGCUUAUAUCCUACAAGCUAAUGAAACCAGACACAUCCAGAAAGUCUGUACUCUCUACAGGGGAUGCAAUGGAUGAGCCAGUUGCAUGAAGUACCCAGGACAUGUGUCCACAAACCGUUUAAGCUUCAGCUACAAGCUGCUAGAAACUCUGGCCUUUGUGCUCAGUGAAAUGCCACAGUGGCCCUUGCAGGACCUCCGCAGGUGUGUGGGCUCUCAGUCCUCUGAGGUUUUCAAGACUAAGUUCGACAAAGUUAUGCUUGCCCUGUGUUAGUGCUGGCAAUACUGCAAUUUCCACCUCCACUCCUGUGGUCCUGUGGCCGUUGCAGCUUCUCCGUGUCCUUGUGCAGGAUCAGACGCAGAGGAGUGCACUGAACAUUACUGGUCUGCCCAGACACCACCAUGGAUGGCAGCACAUGCCGACCCUGCACUUGUGCCUGUGGCUCUGUGUCUUGUGUAAAUACAUGACCAUCCAUGGGAGGAAAAUUGGUGUCACAUCCCGUGCAGGUGAUGGGGCUGGGUCUGUCUGUGUGUAUCAUGGGGAUAUGUGAUGUAAUUAGAUCUCAGUGUUUUUUUUGUUUUUGUUUUUGUUUUUUGGCUGGCAUCUUGCUUGUAAUUCUCAGGCCACCAUCCAGGAUGAAGAAACUCGUGAUUUCUGAAAGCUUUAUUGAAUAUAUCCAAGUGCCUUCCUUUUAGAAAACUUGUCUAAGUUUCAAAUUAGCCUUUUGAUUUCUGAGAGAUGAGUCCAAUAGGUUUGAGUUGUAACCAUGUAAGAAACACUGCCUGUAAGCACUGGGAGAAGAGAGGAGGGCCUUGAAACUGUUCUUUCAUCCAAGGGCAGGACAUCUUUGUUCCUGUUCUGUGUGGAUUUUGGAAUGGCCAGGCCCUGCAUUGCCUUUGAGAAAGACGUGGAUUAUUAUGCCAUAUGGAGAUUUUUUACUAUGUAUGAGAUAUUUUGCAUUUACUCCUCUACUUCACUUGUAAUGGAAAUAAAUCUUCGCCCUUUUGUUUGUAA